AGCUCGCCACUCCUCUCCAUCUCUUCCGGUCUCCCAUCUCCAUCUCCAUCUCGUCGCCGUCUCCUCCUCCUCGCGUCGGCGCCGGACAAAGGAACGCCGGGAAGAAACGCGCCAUGCUCCCCACGCCGUCCUCCUCGUCGGCGUCGCUGGCGCCGGAGGCCGCAGCGGCGGCGCAGCAGGGGCUCCCCAGCGGCGCCGCCGCGUGGCCGUCGGACGGCGGCGUCGCGGCGCAGCACCAGCUGGCCAUCAGCAACGGGGUGCUCCUGGCCGCGGUCAUCUUCCUCUUCAUGGUCGUCGUCUUCGUCUUCCUGCUCUACCUCUACGCCAAGCGUUACCUGGGCGCAAACCCGCUGCUGGCGCCGUCCACGCCGUCCUCCCGGUUCCUCUUCGUCGCCGCGUCCCCGCUCCCGCAGCGCGGCCUGCCCGCCGCCGUCCUCCGCUCCCUCCCCGUCACGGUCUACGGCGCCGCCGCCGCCGCCGCCUCCCCUGGCUCCCCCGGCAAGGAGCGGCUCGAGUGCGCGGUGUGCCUGUCCGAGGUGGCCGACGGCGAGAAGCUGCGGACGUUGCCCAAGUGCGCGCACGGCUUCCACGUGGAGUGCAUCGACAUGUGGUUCCACUCCCACGACACCUGCCCACUCUGCCGCGCCCCCGUCGGCGCCGACCUCGGCGCCCUGCCUCGGGAGGACCACGCCGCCGCGCCGCUCGAGUUCCCCGUCUUCCCCACCAACGUCCUCUUCUGGGGCACCCACGACGAGGUCACCAACGCCGGCGCGCCGCCGCAGGCGGCCCUGCCGCCCCCCAUCGCCGGCACCUCCGCCACGAGCUCCUCCGCCUCCGGGCGCCGCAAGGAGAACCUGGUCAUCGACAUUCCGGCGCGCGCCGUGGCCAUCAACACGCCGCCAAUGAACUCCCCGCUGCCGGCGAGCCGGAUGCCCGGGAGCGCCGAUGACAUGCGGUCCCCGGUCUCCGCCCGUCUUCGGUCCCUCUGCCGGCUGCUGAGCCGCGGCAAGCAGGCCAUGGUGGGCACGUCCUACAGCCCGCGCGCCGCCGCCGCCGGGGACAUCGAGCAGGGGCUCGCCGGACCCGAGGCCGCCCGCCCGCCCAAGACCCCUCCGUCGGCGAACUGAUUCGUUCGGAUCCCCGAGCUCCGGGUCGCAUUUGGCCCACCUCGGCCGAUCACCGGAGCCGCGCAGACAUGUGUUCAUUCUUUGUUUCUUUCUCCCCUUCUUUUCCCCUCUCUUCUCGAUUCAAAAAAGAGGAAUUUUGGCCCAAAAUUCUGAUUUGUAAACAAAAGCAGAGACAUCGGUGUUGAUUGGUUCGUGGUGUUGGUGGAUAAAGUAAUUGACCAAUUUGUUCAUACAUGUUGACGGGUUCGUUCUUGAA